GGGCGGGAACUGACUGAGACAGACAGGCGAGUGGGCGGGGCUUCCUGCAGGCGCUUGUAGAAGUCACCUAAAAUUCUAAGGGAAGAGUGGGAAUUGAGUGUGUGACACUGAUGAAGGGCCCAGGCAUGGCAGAAUUCCUCUGGGAACCUCUGUGGGGUCCUCCACCAUCGCCUUGGUGCCUGUCUUCACCCAGCUGAACAGUCGUCCAAGCUGCCUCCCGACUCUUGGUGCAGCCUCCAUUGCCACUGGUGCCCUGCGCCUGUGCCUCAGCCAUGUCACUCCUGGCGACCCUGGGGCUGGAGCUGGACAGGGCCCUGCUCCCAGCUAGCGGCCUGGGCUGGCUCGUAGACUAUGGGAAACUCCCCCUGGCCCCUGCCCCCCUAGGCCCCUAUGAGGUCCUCGGGGGAGCCCUGGAGGGCGGGCUUCCAGGGGGGGGAGAGCCCCUGGCAGGUGAUGGCUUCUCUGAUUGGAUGACAGAGCGGGUUGACUUCACGGCCCUCCUACCUCUGGAGGCACCUCUCCCCCCAGGAACUCUUCCCCCACCCUCCCCAGCACCCCCUGACCUGGAAGCCAUGACAUCCCUACUCAAGAAGGAACUAGAACAGAUGGAAGACUUCUUCCUUGAUGCCCCACUCCUCCCACCACCCUCCCCACCACCUCCAGCACCCUCUCUGCCCCUACCUUUGCCCCUGCCCACCUUUGACCUUCCUCAGCCCCCUACCCUGGAUACUCUGGAUCUGCUAGCUGUCUACUGCCGCAGUGAGACUGGGCCAGGGGAUUCAGGCUUGGCAACCCUCCCUGUCCCCCAGCAGCCACCUCCUCCUACCCCUCUGGCCCCUCAGCCUUCACCAUCCCGCCCAGCUCCCUAUCCUAGUCCUGCCAGCACCCGAGGGGACCGCAAGCAGAAGAAGAGAGAUCAGAAUAAGUCAGCAGCUCUCAGGUACCGCCAGAGGAAGCGGGCAGAGGGCGAGGCCCUGGAGGGCGAGUGCCAGGGGCUGGAGGCACGGAACCGGGAGCUGAGGGAGAGGGCUGAGUCAGUGGAGCGAGAGAUCCAGUAUGUGAAGGACCUGCUAAUUGAGGUGUACAAGGCCCGAAGCCAGAGGACCCGCAGCACCUAGGGUCCAGGCCAGAGGAGGGAGGUGUGCUGCACCUCUGCCUUCAGCUUCACUCUAACCCUUUAUUUCAUUCUCCUAUCCCAUUCAUGUCUGGAUUUCUCCCACAUACCCCCAUUAUGGGUUAUUUGGCUUAGUCAGUUUCUGUACCCCUUCAGUGCAACUAAGGAACCAAGGCCCUCAGGGAAUUUGAAGAGCCAGCCUGAUAUCUGGUUUCUGGAGUCUUAAAACAAGUGUGUUUUUGCAGGUAGUCCUAGUUGAGUGGGGGGGGGGGGGGCUGCCAGGCCUGGCAUGGGGGUAAGGCAGGAAGCCAUUCAGGGUGACUUGUACUGAUAAGAACCUAGUCAGGGAGCGUGGGUUUUAAGGAGGGCAUAUGAACAUAAGUGAGAAGCCAGCCAAAGGAAGGGAACCAAGUCCUCAGAACAGUAGGGUACUGGCCUAGGAAUAGGAAGGGUGGCUGUAGUUGGUAUCUAGGGGGUCAUUUUAGCUCUGGGAGAGAAUCAGUGUCUUGUGAAGUUUCGGGGGAAGGCUUCAUCUGGCGGGGCUGAUCCUUCAGGAGCUAUGAGAACAAAUAAAAGGCAGACUUCCCCGUG